GUUCUGUUGGAUGCAAAAACUUUAUAUAAUUGAAACCCAGCUCGUUGUCUUUAGGUGAACGACUGAAUUUAUCCAGGUGAGAAAAAAAAACAGAUUGCAUCGAAAGAUGUUUCGCGUUUCUUCCUUUAUUCUGUUUUUCUUCCCAUCCACUUUGCUCUACUUGUAUCAAAUGUGUGUUCCCUCUGCCACGAUUGAUUUAAGUUCCCAAGCGAACAUUGACCAAGUCAAGACAACUCAUCUUCACUUAAACUGGAAUGUCGACUUCAAGUCUCAAAUUCUUUACGGUAGUGUCGUAUUGGAUUUAGUUACCUCUGUGGAGAAUGUCAAUAAAGUGGUAUUAGACACCAGUUAUUUGGAUAUUCAGUCCGUUACUUUAGGUGAAAAGGAGAGUCUGAAGUACCAAGUGGCCGAGAGAUAUGCUGACUUGGGUUCUGCUUUAACCAUCGAUGUCCCCGUUAUUGAAAAAACAGGUACACAGUUCCAAUUGACAAUUCAAUACGCUACCACAGAAAAAUGUACUGCCGUUCAAUUCUUGACACCUGAACAAACUCUUGGUGGAAAGCAUCCCUACUUAUUCUCUCAAAGUGAGCCUAUCCACGGUCGUGCUAUGAUUCCUUGUCAAGAUUCACCUAGUGUCAAAGUUACCUACUCUGCCUCAGUUAAAUCUGAUCUUCCUGUUGUCAUGUCUGCCCUCCAAACAGGUAUUGAUGAUGAGCAUGAUGGAACCAAAACCUAUCAUUUCCGUCAAAACACCACCAUUCCCUCUUACUUGAUUGCAAUUGCAGUGGGUAAUUUGGUAGGCCGUGAAAUCGGUCCCCGUUCCAGUGUCUGGUGUGAACCUGAAAUGAUUGAUGCUGCUGCGUGGGAAUUCGCUGAUACCGAAUUGUUCGUUGCCACAGGCGAGGAUCUUUUAACUCCUUAUGAAUGGGGUCGUUAUGAUCUAUUGGUCCUCCCUCCUUCUUUCCCUUACGGUGGUAUGGAGAACCCUUGCCUCACAUUUGUUACACCAACCUUGUUGGCCGGUGAUAAGAGUGCUGUCAAUGUAAUUGCGCAUGAAAUCUCUCAUAGUUGGAUGGGCAAUUUGGUUACCACUAAUUCUUGGAAACAUUAUUGGUUGAAUGAAGGUUGGACUGUAUUUAUUGAACGUAAAAUUCUUGGUCGUCUUCACGGUGAAGCUACUCGACAAUUCGAGGCUUUGAGUGGCCUCAAAUCUUUGCAAGAAAGUGUUGAUUUAUUCGGUCCUGAUUCAUUAAAGACUGUAUUAAACCCUGAUCUUCGUGGCGGUGCUAAUCCCGACGAUUUUUUCUCCAAGGUCCCUUAUGAAAAGGGUUUCAACUUCUUGUAUCAUAUUGAAAAGGUGGUCGGCGGACCCUCUAUUUUCGAGCCUUAUAUGAAGGCUUAUGUAAAGCACUUUGCCUCUACUUCCAUCUCUACCCAAGAUUGGCAAGAGUUUUUAUUCGCCUACAUGGAAGAGACUCAUGGUCCAUCCAUGGUCGAAAAAUUAAAUACAAUUGAUUUUGACGCCUGGAUUAACAAGCCCGGUAUGCCUCCUGUGGACCCCCAAUUCGAUACUUCACUUGCCGAUGCCUGUUAUGACCUUGCUAAGCGUUGGGACGAAGCACGCGAUGCAGAUCUGAGCCAAUUCUCUCCCAAGGAUAUCGAGGACUUUUCUGCCAGCCAAAAGAUCGUGUUCUUGGAACGUUUGACAGAUGCCAAACCUUUGCCUCACGCUUUGAUUAUCAAGAUGGAUGAAUUGUAUAACUUGACAAGCAACCAUAACGCGGAUUUACGUCUUCGCUGGCAACAAAUCUGUUUGAUGUCCAGUUACGAACCCAUCUAUCCCGAGGUUGUCAAGUUUGUGACAGAACAAGGCCGUAUGAAGUUUGUGCGUCCCUUGUAUCGUCUUCUUCAUGAAGCGGAUAACGGAGCACAAUUAGCUGUGGAUACUUAUUUAGCACACAAGUCCUUUUAUCAUCCUAUUGCCGCACAAUUGAUCGAAAAAGACAUCGGUCUCGUUAAAUCUUUAUAAAUGACAAUAAAAAAAAUUUGUUUUAGAAGUA